UCACUCGAAAUUUGUAGUUGAAGUUUCCAUAUAAAGAUGGAGCCAUUACUUGAUAUAGAAGGCAAGAAAGAGUAUGCAUUUAAGCUACAGUGGACAUUGGACCUGCUGUACCAGAAAAUCAAAUAUUUGAAGAUUCAACUACAACCAAAAGCAGCCGCUUAAUGAACUGCUAAAUCCGUUGCAGCCAAGGAGAGAGUCAUCCCCCCCUCUCUCUCUUUACUUUUAAAGCUAAAGCAAAGAGCUCAAUUCUCCGACCUAACCAAUCAUCAAAUACACCAUAUCCUCCCACACCCUCUCCCCACACGUCCCAUGGAAGACCCUGAAAUGCCUAAUCAAAGCUCUGCCUCCAUUGUUGACACCUCCCGCCCCUUCCGCUCCGUCAAAGAAGCCGUUGCCGUGUUCGGCGAACGUCUUCUAGUCGGAGAAGCUUACUCGUCGUCGCCAAAGCCAUGUGCCAAUGCCCCAUUGUCUGAAACAGGCACAUGGGAUUCUUUGUUAAGCUCCACAACAACUGUAAAGGAAGAGAAAGAACAUGAAGUGUUGGAUACACUGAAGAAACUUGAGGCAGAGCUGGAGGAGACUAAGGAAGAGUUGAGGUUGCUGAAGGAAAGGGAAGAAGAUACAGAAGUGGCAUUGGCUUCACUGAAUGCAGAGCUGCAUAAGAACAUGUCAAAGUUGGCUGAGGCGGAAGCGGAGGCGGCUGCGGCGGCGAAAGCUGUGGCGACGAGAAGAAUCACAAUGGGAUGUGAGAAUGGAAGGAUAGAAGAAGAAAUGAAGAGAACAGAGGCAUUGGCUCAGAUAUUGAGAUUUGGAGGGAAAAAGGAGAAGAAAAAGGUAAAGAAAAAGCCAAUAAUUCCACUGGUUGGAGAUUUGUUGAUGAGAUUAAGGAGAAAAGGGAGUCUCAGUUCUUCAUUCAAAUCCUUCGAUUAAAGAACCCUUUGAUUUGCGUUCUUCCUUCCCGCUUGCUUGGGAAUUGUUUGAUCGUCUUUCACAAUGUAAUUUCACUUCUUUUUUGUCG